GAUUCUGCCGGUCUCUCCACUUUCUUGGUUUCAUAAAACAGCAAUUUGCAUACACCUCCACAGAAUAGAUUCGCAAUUCGCAAGUGCAUAUUUUGUGUGGUGUUUGGAUUGCAUUGCUUGCAGCAACAAUCGCAUUUGGCAACUACUCGUCCUCCCUCCUGUAAUAAUCCGUCCAUUUAAUCUCGAGUUGCCUUUUGCUGGAUGACGAUUUGUGCAGUUCUGCUUUCAACAUUUUGUAAAUCAUUUUAGGUGAUUCAAAAUUUAAAGCAACGGUCGAUUGACAAUCUGGUUUGAAAUAAUAUCAUUACAACUUUUCAAUCAAGUAGUGUUUCAUAUAAGCCUCAUCUAAUACGGAAAUAAAAUGAGUCAAAAAAGAAAAUCCGUUGAGAUGACUCGAACACGGUCCUCGUCUUCCACGUCCAGUGCAACUACGAGACUUCAGGAAAUGUCGCUCGUCAAUUGGGGGAAGAGGACUGCUCGGAAAUCUGCAACUUCUGCACCGCAGCCAUCACCCUCGUCCAAAAAGAACGCCAAGAAGGGUGAGAGGGCUGCCAAGCUUCAAGCUGCUGAGAAACUCACUCCAACGAAGUGGUCACCAGCAGUGUCUCCUUCGAAAGGAGGUGUCUCGCCCAGUUCUACGUUGGUACAACGCGUGAAAAUUGAGUAUGACAAAAUUACCAAGAACAUUGAAGCUUCAGGCAGAAAGGACAACAUUAAGGCAUGGGGACAAAAUUUGCGAAAAAUGGAAGAACUUCACCGUACAGAGUCCGUGGGGAAUGGUUUGGAAGUAGACGCAUCUGGAUGGGUUGCGAUAGAGCCACACAGCCCCCAACAAAAAAAGGCAUCUGCAGUGUAUGGAGACGCAAAGUUGACCACACAACGUGUUCCAAUUCGAAUAAUAAAUCAUGUCAAAGCCCUUCCUCGGAUGCUAACCUGGAACUCGAUUCGUUCAAACUUUGUAGUGAGAGAUGAACUCGUCCUGCAUAAUAUUCCGUACAUGGGUGAAGAGGUCUUGGACAAGGAGGAAGACUUUAUCGAAGAUUUGGUGCUCGACGUUUAUGACAACAAGGUUCAUGCUGAGAGGGAUUCCCAGCUCACGGAUGAAGUAUUCUUCCGAUUAGUGAAUGCCUUGGACAACGAAUUAUCUCCAUCACAGUCCCCCGCAAAGUUAAAGAAAGAACUUAGCUCUCCAAAACGUGAACGUGUGGAUCAUCAAGAUAUUAGUACAAGUAGUAGUGGAAAGAAACCAGUCCAGGGAAUGAUUAUCGACACUGGUGGCAAAGUUCGAAGGGUGAAAAUACCAAAAGAAGCAAUCUUUAAAUCAAUUGCAGAGGCAUUUCCGGAACAAGGAACAGCAGCUGAAAUGCGCGAUCGGUUUGUGGAGCUUGACAAGUUCAAGACCGGGCCGAGUCCUCUUCUGCCAGAGUGCAUUCCCAAUAUUGAUGGACCACAUGCGGAAUCAGUUAGCCGCAGUCAGGCCUUGCAUUCAUUCCAUGAAUUGUUUUGUCGUCGUUGUUAUAAGUACGAUUGUCUGCGUCACAAGAUGACACAGCAAAGUGAUGAGCCAAAAAUGGUUUGCCGGAAGACGCCUGAAUACAAAACUGCCCUCCCCUGUGGGCCACAAUGUUAUUCCAAUUUCUCGCACAAUGUGAAUGAUUCCGAUACCGAAAAUGAAGAUACUGUUGAUACGGAUCGUAAACCAAAAAAGAAACUCCGCAUGGAAGGCGCGUCUGGGUCAGCCAAUAGCAAAGACCCCGAUCAUGCAAAAAAUAAGAAAGAAACUGAAGCAAAUAGUAAAAUGGGGAAAGUUUCAUCCGUUCGACGUCUCAGUUGCGACACUACAAAGUCAGAUGACUCUAAUUCUAAUGACGGAUUUUCUCGAAAAUCAAAAGUGAUGCUCCAACAAACAAAGUCAAUCGUACACGAACUACAAGAAGCUCCGGCCUUUGUUAAAGAUUUUCAAAAGGGUAUCUCACAAGAAUGGAAUGGAGCGGAACAAAGCCUGUUCCGAACAGUGCAAAAAGUAUUUGGAACUAAUUAUUGCCUGAUUGCAAGGACAUUGAUUAGUCGUACCUGUGCGGAGGUGUACGACUUUUCGAAAAAAGAUGCGGCCGACGACGCCUUGGAGACCCAUAAGGAAUUGACUCCACCAAGGAAGAAUAAUAAACGCAACAAAAAGAAGAAUCGUUCGUGGGCCAUGCAUCAAAAGAAAGAUCGCGUUGUUGCAAAUGUAUUGAACAAUUACGUUCCUUGCAAUCACAAAGGAGAAUGUAGCGCCUCGAACCCAGAUUGUCCGUGCGCUCAAUCAUUGAUACAUUGCGAAAAAUUUUGUUCGUGUAGUGCAGACUGCCCCCACAGAUUUUCAGGGUGCCGAUGCAAGGCCCAAUGUAAUACAAAAGCGUGCCCAUGCUUCGCAGCAACUCGAGAAUGCGACCCCGACCUCUGCCAAGUAUGUGGAUCUUGUGAACACGAUGUUUCGAAAAUGUCUUGCAGAAAUGUUAACUGUCAAAAAGGAUUGAAUAAGCACCUUCUUCUUGCUGAGUCGUUGGUAGCUGGUUGGGGAAUUUUUAUUAAGGAUGCAGCACAAAAGAACGAAUUUAUUUCAGAAUAUUGUGGGGAAGCUAUUUCUCAAGAAGAAGCAGAUCGUCGGGGACGAGUGUAUGACAAAUCGAAAUGCAGUUUCCUCUUCAAUUUAAACAACGAAUAUGUCGUGGAUGCCACGCGCAAGGGGAACAAAAUACGUUUCGCCAACCAUUCCGUUAACCCCAACUGCUCGUCCAAGAUUCUGAAAGUGAAUGGAGAUCAUCGGAUUGCAAUUAUUGCUAACAGAGCCAUUCAACCUGGAGAAGAAUUAUUCUUUGAUUACAGGUAUGGUCCAACGGAGCAGCUGAAAUUUGUGGGGAUUGAACGAGAGACUGAAACCGUUUGAAGUUUUCGACAAGUACUUAACCACACCAGUGUCAAACUAAACCUUAAUAUGUGUAUAUUCCUGCUGUCAUUAUAUUACCAAUUGUAAUUAUACCAAACCUAAAACUAACUGUGAUAGUUCAUAUUGGUGCCUAAGAUUUAAGACUAGUUACAAUCAAAACUGUUCACCAAUCACCAAUCUAAUAUGUCCAUGAUCUGUUUUCUGAUAAGAGAUUUCUGAGAUGUACGACGCAAAUAUGCAUGAUUUCAUAUCUUUAUUUACUUUGCAUGCAAUUAGUUGGUAUAAAUAAAUCAAUUUAGUUGUCAUAA